AUGGCUGAGUUCGUCAAGAAACUUGCCGCGCAAGCUGCUUCAGGCGGCUCUGGCGGAUCGGGCGGAUCUACGGGCGCUGAAGGGGCGAGUGGUGGCUUUGUGCACAAGCUGUCCGAUGCAGUGACGAGAAGCAAACACCCUGGAGAGGGUGGCCAGGGAUACGGCCAGAACCAGGGCUACGGCCAGAACCAGGGAUACGGAUCCGCGGGCUACGGCAGCAACCAGCAGAGUAUGUAUAACACUCAAGGGCAGGGCUACCAGGGCCAGUAUCCUGGAGGCGAGCAAGAUAGCCACGAGCAGUACGCACCUGGAGCUUAUCAGCAGGGCCGUCACAAUGAAUACCGCGAAGGUGGCCGUGGUGGCCACGAACAGGGAGGUCGUGACCGCUACCAGCAAGAGGCACACGGUGGCUUCGGCGGGUAUCAGCGCGAUGAGUAUGACCGCGAUGAGCGCCGCGGGUACGGCCAAGGCGAACACGUUGGCUACGGGCAAGGUGGACGUGAGGGCUACGGCCAACCAGGACAUGGCGAGUAUCAGCAACGCGGGCACAGUCUCUAUGAACGCAGUGGGCGUGAAAACUACGAGCAAGGCGGGCAUGGCGGCUACGAGCGGAGUGAGCAUGCCAGGUACGAGCAAGCCAGACGCGGCGAGUCCCAUGAGGACGGGUGCGACGGGUAUUAG